GCAAUCUUAGUGGGAUGGAGGAAAAUACUAGAUAAGAUAUGGAGUAACAUCUUUAAUUUCCGAAGGACUUGAAUAGUAUUGGAUUGUAUCAAGUUAACAUCAUGUUCUAUUCUACAUGCUUGUGUAGCCGUUUUGCGUCACAGUUUUAUUGCUUUGCUUUGACUUAGUCUAUUUGAAAUUAAUUUAGAGUCCUAAGCUUGUAGAUUACCUAGUAGAUGUCUAUUCAAAUGCAGUUGAGCUUGCCUCAAAAGAAAUUUAAUGUUAGAAGCCAUAUAUAAAUGCCAACACAUACUGUACCAAUAGAUCUUCAUCACAGGCAUCAAGUUGACACACCAACUAAAAAUCAUUGAGCAUAUAAAUGCUGCAACCAGAAGAAUUAUUGGUUUUUAUCUGAAACACAUUCGCAUCUGCUCAACAAGGUUGACAGUGCACCUUCUUUGUUACAAUUCAACAUGCUUUUGAGAGUGCUUCUUGUGGCUCUUUCGCUGCAGUUAUGUGCUUCUACUGACACUAUAACUCCUAGCAGUCCCCUCAGAGCAGGUGAUGUACUGACAUCUAAAGCCGGGAAGUUUACCUUGGGUUUUUUCAGCCCCGGAAAUACCACUCGAAGGUACGUCGGAAUCUGGUUCACAAAGGUUUCUGUGCUUACUGCUGUUUGGGUUGCAAAUAGAGAUAGACCCAUCUAUGGUUCCAAUGGAACCCUUUCGAUCAUCGAAGGCGGGCAUCUUACACUUACCUCCGGGAAAACUGUUGCAUGGUCCACAAAUAUUUCGGUUCCCGUCUCCCUAAACAAAACUAACAGCACCUCAUGUCAACUUCUAGAUUCUGGAAAUUUAGUCUUGACUGCUGAUAAUGGCAAAACUCUGCUGUGGCAAAGUUUUGAUCACUUAACAGACACUUUUCUGCCAGGAAUGACGCUUGGGUUAGAUAAAAGAACUGGGUUAAACCGUUAUUUAACCUCUUGGAGAUCAAAAGAUGAUCCAAGGUCUGGAAAAUACACCUUUCAAGUUGACCCAAAAGGAUCUCCUCAAUUCUUCUUGUACCAUGGCUCAGACUUAAUAUGGCGAACAGGUCCAUGGGUAGGACAGAAAUGGAGUGGAGUACCAGAUAUGACUCAUGCUUAUAUCUUUAACUAUAGUUUUGUCAGCAAUGCAAAUGAGGUUUCCGUAACCUACAACCUUCUUAGCGAUUCCAUCAUCACAAUCUUCUCGGUGGAUGGUCUUACAGGAACAGUCCAGAGACAGACAUGGCAUGAAAAUACGAAACAUUGGACUAAGUUCUGGUCUGCACCAAAGGAGCUUUGUGAUCAGUAUGGGGAGUGUGGUCCUUUUGGUAACUGCAACCCCAAUGGUGGCAAUCAAUUUCAGUGCACCUGUUAUCCUGGGUAUAAGCCUAAAUCACCGCGAGAUUGGUAUCUGAGAGACGGUUCAGCAGGUUGUGUAAGAAAAGAAAACAGGUCAAUGUGCAGAAAUGGAGAAGGAUUCUUGAAGUUAGCAAGCGUUAAGUUGCCAGAUACAUCGAAAGCUGUAGUGAACAAGAGCUCGACAUUGAAACAGUGUGAACAAGAGUGCUUGAAGAACUGCUCUUGCGUUGGAUAUACCAGUGCAGACGACAGUGGUGGAGGCAGUGGCUGCAUUUCAUUGUACGGCCAGUUGAUGGAUACCAGAAUGUAUCCUAGUGGGGGCCAAGAUGUGUACUUCCGGGCCGAUGCAGUUGAGCUAGAAAGAUAUCGGAGGUCAAAAGGCCUUUUUGCAAAUAAGAAACUGGAAGCACUUCUCAUAGGGCUUGUGGUGCUAAUAUUUUUAUUAUUGAUCCUUUUCGUGGGCUAUUGGGUACAUCAGAAGAUUAAAAAAGAACGGCAAGAGGAAGCUGAAAGGUCCCUUUGGACGAAAGAUGCUGAAGAAAGUGAUGCCAGUUCAGAAUUACCCUUCUUUACUCGUAGCGAAAUAGCUGCAGCUACAGACAAUUUCAGUAUGGCUAAUAAGCUUGGAGAAGGUGGUUUCGGAUCAGUGUACAAGGGUCGAAUGGAAAAUGGGCAAGAAAUUGCUGUAAAAAAACUGGCUCCAAAUUCAGGGCAAGGUAUACAAGAAUUUAAGAAUGAAGUUAGGCUAAUUGCUAAACUUCAGCACAGGAACCUUGUGAAGAUGUUAGGGUGUUGCAUUAGAGGAGACGAGAAGAUGUUGAUCUACGAAUUCAUGCCAAACAAAAGCUUGGACUAUUUCAUUUUCAAUGAGGAGAAUAAGUUGUCUUUGGAUUGGAAUAAACGCUUUGACAUCAUAAUGGGGAUCGCUAGAGGGAUGUUAUAUCUUCACCAAGACUCGCGACUAAGGAUCAUCCACAGGGACAUGAAAGCAAGCAAUGUCUUGCUGGAUAAAGAUAUGGUUCCCAAAAUCUCAGAUUUUGGAAUGGCUAGAAUUUUCGGAAAUGAGCAAGUGCAAGUAAACACUACCAGGGUGGUCGGAACCUAUGGAUAUAUGGCACCAGAGUAUGCACUGGAGGGACUGAUGUCUGUAAAGUCUGAUGUCUUUAGCUUUGGAGUCUUGUUACUGGAAAUUAUUACUGGUAGAAAAAACUCGGGUUUUUAUCAUGACAAUCCUUCUAUAAACUUAGUUGGUCAUGUUUGGGAGCUUUGGAAAGAAGGAAAAUCUUCGGAAAUUGUUGAUCCAUCAUUGAAAGAUGCAGAUAUUGAGGAACUUUUAAUAUGCAUACAAACUGGACUAUUAUGUGUGCAAGAAUGUGCAGAUGAUAGACCAACAAUGUCAGCAGUAGUUUUUAUGUUGAACAACAAAGUCGAACUUCCUUCUCCGAAUCAACCUGCAUUUAUCCACAAAGGGCGUCAACAAGAUGCAGAUCCAUCAUCAUCUAGUGCUGGUGCAUAUUCAGUAAAUGAACUCUCAAUCACUUCCAUGAUUGACGGUCGCUGAGGCUGAGGCUGAGGCUGAGGCUGAGGCCGAGGCCAGGGUCGGGUUAAUGUUAAUCUGAGCUUAUAUGUGAUUUCUGUUUGAACAUUUCAUUCUAGUAUCAUAGGAUGUCUAUUAAGAAAAAUUGCUCUAAUAUUUAUUUAUAGUUUUUGCUGUAAGAAUAAAUAAAUAGUUAUAAAGUUAUUCACAUGUAAAAAAGGGUUGGGAAAUGCUAAAUUGUUUACGGAAUUUCAAAUUAUAGUUAAUAAUUUAUUUGACUAGCUCACAACUUUUGACGUUAUUUUUAGAUAGUUGACUUUAAUAUAAUGCAUUGACUUUUUUGUACCAGCUUAUUUAUGACUGAGGAAAUACCAGAGGGGCAUUAAAGUCAAAAUAUUCUUAUCCCACCAACGUCUUCAAUUUAUCCACACAUUCACGCGCUAAACAGAGGGUAUACUUCAGCAUAAUUAAUACUCUGUACUCUUUUGUUCCGCUAAAGUGUUGAAAAAU